GAGAGAGAGAGGGGGGAGCGAGAGCACAACCAGCAUCUCCUCCUCCUCCUUUUACUCGCCCUCUCUCGACUCCCCUUCUUCCAGCACACGCUUGCACUUCUUCCCUCUGAUGCUGACUGGAUGCGGACCGGAGGAUUUCCAGCAGCUUCCUGAGUCUCUGCUCCUUUCCUCCCUUUCUUUCCUCUCUGUAUCCCCCCCCCCCUUUCCCCUUCCCUCCUCCUCCUCUUUUUUCCAACAUCUGAAGCUUCUCUUCUUCUGUCUCCUCUCUUUUACCCAUUCCACACCACCAGGAUGUGGCACUCAGUGGCUCUGCUCCUCUCUGGAUUCUCUGCUUUGAUCCACGUAUCAUUGCAGGGCCCUCAUCAGAGGACUCUGCUGAAAAACCUCCUGAAGGACUACAACCCGAUGGAGCGACCAGUGGCCAAUGACUCCCUACCUCUCAAUGUCUCCUUCAGCCUCAGUUUGAUACAGAUCAUGGAUGUGGAUGAGAAGAACCAGGUGUUAACCUCUAAUAUGUGGCUGCAGAUGACUUGGUACGACCACUAUCUCCAGUGGAACCAGAGCGAACAUCCUGGAGUGAAAAAUCUUCGCUUUACCACGGAUCAAAUCUGGACCCCAGACAUCCUCCUCUACAACAGUGCAGAUGAUGACUUUGACUCCACCUUUAAGACCAAUGUUCUGGUGAACUCCAGCGGCUUUGCCAAGUAUCUUCCCCCAGGAAUCUUUAUGAGCACAUGCAAUGUGGAUGUUCGCUGGUUUCCUUUUGACAUUCAGAAAUGUGAGCUGAAAUUUGGUUCUUGGACGUAUGACGGCUGGCUGCUGGACCUCCAGAUGGUCGAAGCUGACAUCUCCGGCUACAUGCCCAACGGAGAAUGGGACCUAAUAGGAGUUCCUGGAAAGAGGAAUGAGGUCUUCUAUGACUGUUGUAAGGAGCCCUACACGGAUGUGACAUUUGUUAUUACAAUAAGGCGGCGAACGCUCUACUACGCCUUGAACCUUCUCAUCCCAUGUGUGCUGCUCUCUUCUAUGACGUUGCUCAUUUUUGUGCUGCCUGCUGACUCCGGGGAGAAGAUCUCAUUGGGUAUCACCAUCCUGCUGUCUCUCACUGUUUUCAUGCUGCUGGUCGCAGAGAUCAUGCCAGCCACAUCUGACUCCGUCCCUCUCAUAGGUCAGUACUUUGCCAGUAUAAUGAUCAUCGUUGGGAUGUCAGUCAUCGCCACAGUGGUGGUUCUGCAGUAUCAUCAUCACGAUCCGACCGGAGGAAAAAUGCCCAAAUGGGUGCGGCUUGUUUUGCUGCAGUGGGUGGCAUGGUUCCUGCGGAUGAAGCGCCCGGGUGAGAGUGACGACCCAGAGCGGCCACCUUGCGCCCCACACCUGCGCCGUUGCUCCUCGGGGUCACAGAGCGGAAGCAUCCCUAACCCUCCGGAGUCCCUCCACCCGCUGCACCCACAGAACCUGGCUCCCCUCCAAACAGGGCCGCUUCAUGCAGGACACCCUCACCUCCAGGCUCAGAUGAGUGCUAACAACAAUGGGAAUCUUCUAUACAUGGGUUUUCAGAGCAUGGACGACCCCUCGGUGCUCCCGGAGAGCAUCCAGAGAAACAACAUCUCCGCCGGGCCUCCGCGAGUGGCGGGAAGCCCACCACCACACCUGCCGUCACAAUUUUGCAGCUCCCCUCCACCGCCUACCCCUAAUGUGGAUACUGUAGGAUGUCCCAGCACUGUCUCCAGUGGUGGGGGCUUUGGAGGUGGGGCGGGAGGUCUUGGAGGGUGCUCCACUGUAGGGAUGGGAGACCCCCAGCUCCAGGCCAUCCUGGAGGAGGUGCGUUACAUGGCGGACCGCUUCCGGGAGCAAGACGAGAACGAAAGCAUGGCAGAGCAGUGGAAAUUUGCAGGCGCUGUGAUUGACCGCCUCUGUCUGGUGGCAUUUAGCGUUUUCAACAUCAUAUGCACCAUCUCAAUCCUCAUGUCUGCUCCCAACUUUGCGGACGCUAUUUCAAAAGACUUUGUCUGAAAACAAAGAAAAAGAAAAAAAAAAGAGGAGGAGAAGCGUGAAGGAAAGGAUGAAAGAAACUAAAUAUGGGAUAAAAGAUGGAGUGGGCCCCGAUCCAAGGAAACCCAAUUUCCAGUGGACUGUAGGCUCUGUGAUUUGUGAUUGCAAAGCAAUGGGAAACAAAAAAAAAAGGUUUUCUUUGCAGUACAUUCUGUUUUGGAACUGAAAUAAAAGAAGAAAACAGAUGAAGAAGGGAAUGGAGAGUGAAGGUAAAAUGAGAUUACGGCAAGCAGGGUGCUUUAUCAGAUUCUUGAAAAGGUGAAAUGGAUUCUUCUGGUUAAUUCAAAGACUUUCCUCCAAAAUUAGGGAGAGCGCUGAGCCAGAAAUGGAUAAAGAAAGGGAGGAUUAUCAGUGUAAUCCAACCUGGAGUAAGAAAGCUCUUAGAGCAAGAGAGAGAGAUUGAAAGAAUAAGGGUGGAGAAGAGAGAGGCAGAUAGAUAAAUGAGACAGACAUUUUACUGUUUUAUUUUCUUGAAGAGAGAAGACAGCCCCAGACUCCCACAUGUUGAGAAAAUACUGCAUCAUUUAGAGUGAUGUGAGGACGAGAGGGCGGGGAGAGGAGACAGAGACUUUUACAAGGACAGACAACAAAGAGCAGUCGUGAAGGAACGAGACUGCCUCUCCCACGGCACUGGCACAGUGAGGCGCAGUAAGCGGCUUGUUGCUGGAUACGCAAAAGUGGACUGAAGAGCAAGAAAGCACAGAGGAACAGAAGAGGAUCUCAUCUAUUAUUCAAUCGCACCCAUCUAAUGACCGUCAAAUUGAAAGACCUCGGAUAAUCUUCAAGACUAAUAAGCUUUUAAAAGAUGAAGUCCCUCCACUGCUCGCGAGCCACUUUAAAUUUCCGAGGCCUUAUCUCUUUGAGACGAUUGCCAAUCUGCAACAAUCAGCAGAGAUCAAAGCUCCUCAGCAGUGUGCACAGUGUGCGGCGCUAAUCAUGACUGGGAAACUGAAUUAACUGGUCAUCAGUGAUGCAGUGGCCGGUAGCUGCACCACAGCGGAGACCUGAACCGAUAAUAACUUACGAGGCAGUCGUCUAAGUGGAUCUGGCAGCUCGUAAUAGACCAGCGAAACUCAUUGGAUUUCGUAUUAAAAGGUUUAAUAACUCAGAGGGGAGGUCAGGGUUUUAAAAGGGCACGAGAGGCAGAAAAAUAGGGCGAGGGCAUUCAAAAUAAAAAAUAUAUAUCACAGCGAAAAAACAGCCCAUCAAAUUUCUGUAUGAUCUAUUGAGAGGUUUAGAGUCUCCUCACUGAUCUAAAAUGAGAUAAGAGAAUUUAAUAGGAUCAUAUUUUCCAUGAAAUACACUGCAGCGGCGUUUUGAAGGUUUAUGCCAACACACAAACUACUUAUAUGGACAAAAGUAAUGGGGCACACCUCUUAAUCUUUGAAUCCAAAUGUUUUUAGUCCCAUUGCUGCAGGUGUAUAACAGCAAGCACUCAGCCAUGCAGUCUGCAUUCAAAAACAUUUAUGAAUGGGGGAGCGAGUGAAUUACAACGCGGUACUCAUAUCGUGCAGUCAGUUUGUGAAACUUAUAUUGAUAUUUAAAGAUCAGCUGCAGCAUUGCCGCCUUCAGCUGCUGCCCUGUCACUACAGGGUCACUGCAGCGGGUAGCUCUACAUGUUUGCCGGAUGUACUGCAAAGCAAAUAAAAAACAACAACACACAGCCAAUGGUAAAAUGCUGCAAAGGCGACCAAUACACAACGGAAAUAGAAAAAAAAAAGCAAUAAAAGCUCACAAAAAACAAAAACAGCUAAUCCUGACUGCUAAUGAUGACAACAUCAUUAGUUGUCAUCUUUUUCUGCCACACAGCACAGAUGAAGCCUCUGCUUCCUUUAAGCGUAUCUCAGUGCAGUUUGCAUAUUUUGGUUUCUGUCACAUCCGCAGCUGUUCCAUCACACUUCUGUUGGGUUUCAUGUGCUUUUUCCUAUUUGCUGGUGGGGUUUUUUAAGUUGGAGUGCAUGUGAACCCUCAGAGGCACCAUACGGAUGCCCUUCCUGAUGCAAUUUGCAUUAUUGCAGUGUAGAAGUGGAAGGAAACACAGCAACUCUGACACAUGAAGUUACAGAGCGGGGUUGUUGAACGCUGAGGUGCAUAGUCCGUAAAAGUUGCCAAUCCUCUGCAGAGAGAUAAACCUCCCCUGAUGUUAAUAUCAGCACAAUAUCUGUUCGCUGGGAGCUUCAUAGCAUGGGUUUCCAUGGCUGAGCAGCUCUUGUAGAGGCAGUGUACCAGUGCUUUUGUCCAUACAGUGGAAGUCCAGUCAAACAACAAAUGAAUUGUCUCUGCAGAACGCAUAUAAAAGAUUAAUGUAGUAAUUGUGAUGUCAGCGAUGGUUAGCAAAGUCCCCAUCCCAGUCCAGAGCCUGAGCUGAGCAUGCUGGCUGUUUGCCAUCUUGAUGAUUUAAAACUGGAAGCGAUGAGGAGGGCUGAUGUGACUGAGAAACUGAGGGAUACUGCAUGCUCGUAGGGUAGCAACUUGUCAGUCACAGGACAGGCACGCCCUAAUGCACACACACCCUGCUUUAUCUACCUUUAAGGACAGUGAGGGGAUCAUAUUUUACAAAAUAAACAUCGUAUUAUCCAAGAAUUGAAAGUAGCAAUCACGAUCAUAAACUCAUCAAGAGUGUUUAUUGAAAUUAAAGAUAAAGUGAGUAGGAUAUUUUUUUCCCCCAUAGACUAUUUUUGGUCUGAGACAGUUAUGUAUUGGCUGCACUUUUUAGACUCUGUAGCUUUAUCUACCUUUUGUAUAUGCUUUAUAUUUGGGUGUCUGCAAACAGUUUGAAGGUAUGCAGAAUGCAAAGUUAGUCCUGUUUACAAAUAUCUAUAGAUAAAUGUAGCUUCUCCUCUCCGGUCUCGCCAAAGUUAGACUUGCUUCCCUAACUUUGAGGGUUUCGCAGCAAUUUACAGUAAAAAGAGAAAAAAUUAUAAAAAAAAAAACAUCCAAUGUGCGUUCAUUGUAAUUGCACAGGAUGUAUAUAAAAGUGUUCCCUCGUCGUUACAUAACACAACACGAGUGCACUUAACAAGUCCCAGAACUGAAUGGAAAUGUAACAUUGUGAAAAAUAUUAAAGUCGUGUGACCCUACAUUUAGUCAGUGACAGCGGAGAUGGGAAAGGAUAAUUUAUAAGUGUCUGAAAUCUCAAUUUGAUCCUCACUAUGGAGUAAGCUAUACUGAAAUAAUGGGAGUUUAAUGAUGCGGGGAUUUUGAGCACAAAGAUUAUAAGGGAAGGAUGAGUCAUUGAAACAGCUAGGAUAGAGCCCACCUUUAACAACUCAGAGUCUGCCAGUGUUUCACUGAUGCUAUUAUCUGAGCAUUUCAAUGUGAAUUUCUAUGUGAGUACAAUUCUAGUGCACAGCUACUAAAAAAUGUUCAAACUCCCACACAACUCAGAAUUGGAUAAGUGGUUAAAAAAGAUGGAGGGAUGAAUGGAAAUUGUUCAAACUAGUCUGUGUUGCUUUUGAAAGAGAUAAUAUGAGCGGUUGUCUAUUAGGAUGUAAUGCAAAUACAGCAAAGUCCAUCUUUUGUUGGUCGAGACACAAGUGUUAUAGUUUUGCGUCUAUACACCACUACAGAGGAUUUCAAAUCAAACAAUCACAAUGUGACAACCAUUUUUAGACUGGAUGUGAGUCUGCAACAUCCUAGAGAAAAAAAAUCUUUGAACAGAUGAAACUAAGAUGAAUUUGUACCAGAAUGAUGGGAAGAAGGAGAAAAACAGCUCAUAAUUUGAAGCCUACCACAUUUUCUGCCAAACUCAGUCGAGCGCUUCACAGUGCAACUGCAAAAGCAAGUCAGUGACCUGAUCUCAGCCCCAAAAAGCAUGCUUUUCACUUAUUAAAUACAAAACUGAAGAAAGUGAGACUCAUUUCAAGAGAGGAAGCCCAGCAUUUGGUGAUAUCCAUGGGUUCUAGACUUGAGGCAGUCACUGACUACAAAAAACUUUCAUACAAGUGCUUAAAAAUAAGUCCAUAUAUAUUUAAUAAUAUGUUAGUAAGUCCAAUUAAUUUUGAGCCUUUGAAAAUGGGGGAGUGUGGAUGAAAAAGGCAGUAAUUACUAAACAGUAAAUUCAAGCAACACUUGAAUUAAAACUGCACUUUAAUCACAUAUUCAGUGUUUGCUUUAAAAUCCACUUUGACGGCGUGCAGAAGUACAAAAUAUGCAUGACUGUCUAAACACGGAGCCUUAAAUAGCCCACAGAGGUCUGGCUUUAACAUUAAGAUGUGGAUAACUUGUGUUUCCCUGCAACUGUGUGGCAGGUGUUGGAUCUCACUAAGCUCACUAUUCAACCAUAAGUUCAAACUGUAAGCAGAGACAUAAAUCACUUUCAUUCAGUUUACCUGACUGCUGUGUGGGAGAAUAUCCUCAGAUACUAAAUAACCCACUGAAGGAUAAAAGCAGAGUUUCUCUGUAUUUUUCAACAAAUCCCAAGGUUGAUGCUAUUUUUCUUCUUUUAAUUUGAAAAAACAGCUACGCAGUGCACUUUCUAGCAAGCGUUUUACACCGCCAGACGCACAUUUGAUGCUGUUUUUGCAGCAACAGAACAAUGGCUGAGGGAUUUACCCUGAUAAAAUACAACAGUGCCCGUUUUCAUCGUAACAGAGGAGCAUGACACUCAGUGUGAAGUGUGGUUCAUUAAUGCGUUCCUUAAAAUUUUAUGACACAAAGGAAAAGGAAGCUUUGGCCACACAGGCAGUAAUUUCAGCUGAUUUGUUUUAGUUUUAAUGGGACUUGAUGACAAUAAACAGAAAUCUUCUACUUUACUCCUCUAGGACAAAAUAUGUUUACUGCAUUACAUUCCUGACCAGCACUGUCUGUGCACAUGUAUUUUCUCACUGUGAACUGAUAGAGUGUAGAGACAGCUGUACAAGUCCUUUAUAACUGCUCUCUACUUGCCUUCAUCUUUUGUCUUCUCUCUCUUCCUCUUUAAAGCAAAGUCCUCUAGCAAGGCAGAAGGUAAACUUCCUGCCAGAGGGUUUACGAAAGGAUGUUUUCCCUUGAGCACAUACUGACACCUGAAAACUCACAUCUCUGUACAGAGCAUUUCUCAUCCUGAAAAUAAAAGAUUCUCUCUUUUUGUUUUU